UAAACAGGUUAACGCAAACAAAUGUUCUGUCUCUGCUCAACAGAUGCCGUGUUGCUUCCGAAGAAGGGACGAAUACCUUUCGGAAUAGCCAUGAACUGUUUAUGGAGAGUCCUGGCAAUUUUCUUAUCAUUUCUUCCAAGCACAUUGUCUCUCCAGCCAGCCCAGGCCAAAGUGUUGCUGGUAUCUUUUGAUGGAUUUCGAUGGGAUUACAUCUGUAAAGCCUCAACUCCCAAUUUUCAUUAUGCCAUGGAGAAUGGUGUUCAUGUCAAACAGGUCACUAACGUGUUUAUAACGAAAACGUAUCCUAAUCAUUACACAAUGGUGACUGGUCUCUAUGCAGAAAGCCACGGUGUAGUUGCUAAUGAGAUGUAUGAUCCUAUUCUGAAUGAAACUUUCUCUUUGAGCAGAAUGGCUGUCUAUAACUCCAAGUUCUGGGAAGAAGCCACACCAAUAUGGAUAACAAACCAGAGGGAAGGACAUAAAACUGGCGCAGCCAUGUGGCCUGGAACAGAUGUGAAAAUACAUGGAGUCUUUCCUACGUAUUAUAUGCCCUACAACUAUUUUGUCUCCUUUGAAGAUAGAGUUGCUAGGCUUAUUGACUGGUUUACAUCAGAAGAGCCCAUAAACUUUGGUCUCCUGUACUGGGAACAGCCUGAUGAGAUGGGCCAUAUUCUGGGUCCAGAAAACCCACUUAUGGGGCCUGUAAUUAGUGAUAUUGACAAAAAGCUGGGAUAUCUUCUGUCCGAACUGAAGAAAGCAAAGCUAUGGGAUGUGGUAAAUGUCAUAAUUACAAGCGAUCAUGGAAUGUCAGAGUCUUCCUCAGAAAGGCUCAUUGAGCUUGAUCAGUAUGUGAAUAGAGAGCUCUAUAAAAUCUUUGAGAAUUCUCCUGUGGUAGCUAUUUUGCCAAAAGAAGGCAAACUGGAUGAAGUAUAUGAAGCUUUGGCCAAUGCUCAUCCCAACAUGACUGUAUAUAAAAAGGAGCAGAUUCCAGAUAGAUUACAUUACAAACACAACAGGAGAAUUCAGCCAAUCUUAGCAGUGGCUGAUAAAGGAUGGGAAAUUGUGUAUAAUAAGUUUGAUGUUAUUCAAUCUGGUAAUCAUGGAUAUGACAACAUGUUACCAGAAAUGCAUCCCAUUUUUUUGGCAUUUGGGCCUGCUUUCAGAAAGAAUGCCACUAAAGAAGUAAUGAAUUCUACAGACCUGUAUCCUUUAUUGUGCCAUCUGCUUGGUAUUAACCCGCUGCCACACAAUGGCUCAUUCAACGCUGUGAAAGACAUACUUGCUGAAGAAGUUCCCUUUGGAGCAGACACCUAUGCUACUGUUCUAGGAGUCUUUCUAGGCAGCUUUCUUGUUAUGGUUUUUAUUGCAAUUUUUGUUAAGCAUUUUAUCUUCAUCCAAGCAAACACCAUGCAAAUGAAACAUACUGAAGCUGCCCAACCACUGUUGCAAGAUUAGUAACACAUGGUACUAUUUCCUGUUUGAUGCUUAAUGUAAGCUUA